CUGAGCAAGGAUAGACGCCAGAGGCAGCCGGGAAAGGGCUGCUGAAACUUGCCAGGAGAGACUCUCUCACCAUGACCCGGCGGUGUCUCUCCUUCGCACUGGUGAUACUGCUGAGUGUGUGCACGAGCCGGGCAAGCUCCAGCACAGUGAAUCCAUGCUGUUAUUACCCAUGUCAGAACAAAGGGGUGUGCAUGAGGGUCGGCAGGGAAAGCUAUGAAUGCGACUGCACCCGGACCGGUUACUUUGGCAUUAACUGCACUUUGCCUGAGUUUUGGACACGACUCCAUGUUAUGAUAAAGCCAAGCCCGGCCUUCUAUCACUUCAUCCUGACUCACUUCAAGUGGCUUUGGAACAUCCUCAAUAACACCUUCGUUAGGGACAUGCUGAUGAGACUGGUGCUAAGAGUACGGGCCAAUCUGAUCCCAAGCCCCCCCACGUAUAACUCAGCAUAUGGAUAUAUCAGCUGGGAAGCCUAUUCCAACGUAAGCUAUUUCACCCGGGUCCUUCCGCCCGUACCUGAUGACUGUCCGACUCCUAUGGGAACCAGCGGGAAAAAGCAGCUCCCUGACCCUCAGCUCUUUGCAGAGAGGUUUCUGCGCCGGCAGCAGUUCGUAGGGGACCCCCGUGGGACCAACCUGAUGUUUGCCUUCUUCGCACAGCACUUCACUCACCAGUUCUUAAAGACAUCCGGGAAGAUGGGGCAUGGCUUCACCAAGGCCCUGGGCCAUGGGGUGGAUCUCGGGCACCUGUAUGGGGACAAUCUGGAGCGUCAGCACAAGCUGCGGAACUUCACAGAUGGGAAGCUCAAAUACCAGGUAGUGGAUGGAGAGAUGUAUCCACCCACGGUCCUCGAUGCUCCAGUUCACAUGAUCUACCCUCCCGGCACCCCCAAGGAGAAGCAGCUGGCUGUGGGCCAGGAGAUGUUUGGCCUGCUGCCGGGGCUCAUGAUGUAUGCGACCAUCUGGCUCCGCGAGCACAACCGAGUCUGCGACGUGCUGAAGCAGGACCAUCCAACGUGGAGCGACGAGCAGCUUUUCCAGACAGCCCGCCUCAUCCUCAUCGGAGAGACCAUCAAGAUCGUCAUUGAGGACUACGUGCAGCAUCUCAGUGGGUACUUCCUGCAGCUGAAGUUUGACCCGGAGCUGCUGUUUGGAGUGCAGUUCCAAUACAGGAACCGGAUUGCCGUGGAGUUCAACCAACUCUACCACUGGCACGCGCUGAUGCCAGACUCGUUCAUCAUCCAGGAGAACGAAUACAGCUACGAGCAGUUUAUUUACAACACCUCCAUGCUUCUGGACUUCGGGGUGGAGGCCUUGGUGGAGUCGUUCUCCAAGCAAAUGGCAGGACAGAUAGGUGGGGGACAAACCAUCAACUCCAACCUCUUGAAAGUGGCUGUUGGAGUUAUUAAGGAAUCACGGCUGCUGCGGCUGCAGCCCUUUAACGAGUACCGGAAGAGGUUUUCCAUGAAACCCUAUAAAUCCUUCCAGGAGUUAACAGGAGAAGAGGAGAAAGCAGCGGAGUUGGAAGAGCUAUAUGGAGACAUUAAUGCCUUGGAGUUUUAUCCUGGUUUGCUGCUUGAGAAAUGCCAGCCAAACUCUAUUUUUGGGGAGAGCAUGGUGGAGAUUGGAGCCCCGUUUUCCCUGAAAGGGCUUUUCGGCAACCCCAUCUGCUCCCCAGAAUACUGGAAGCCGAGCACUUUUGGUGGUUCGACUGGCUUUGAGAUCGUGAAGACAGCUUCACUCCAGAAGCUCGUGUGUCUCAACGUCAAGCGGUGUCCAUAUGUGGCAUUCCACGUGCCAGAUCCUAGCACAGAAACAGGAGCAACUGACCAUCAAGACGGCAAAAGAUCCAGCGAGCUCUAGUGUCACUGCAGCUCCACUGAGGCUGGGCCAAUGAGUUUCCUCCUUCAUUAUUGUCCUAACGAUUCCCGUUGUACCACCCGGCCUUGGGUACAAAGCCCUCCCUUGCAGAGAGAGACAGGCACAAAGGAGGAUGACAGUAUGCUCCUUGCACCAUGUAUCAAUAGAAUAGGAGGCCCCUCUGGUUCUGGGCAUUAUCCACACCCGAGGCUGGGAGAGGGGAAAGGAGAGAGAGGCUGGUGGUAGAUUAGGGAGAGCCUGAGUCCCCUAAAUGCUACAGACACCAUAAUGGUCUCUCUCUACUCAAGCUGCCUCUUCUGCUAGCAAAUUCCCUGCUCUAAGCCAGCUCUCUGUUCUCCAGGGGACUCUCUGCCUCUCUGCUAUCAGAGCCUUUGCUCUCAGUACCUCCCCCACACCCCUGACUGCCCAAGGCAGCUAUCACGCUACUUUUCCUGCACCAGGACUGCAAGGCAACAUAUGCCCACCAAUUGGGCAGGGGUGGAGCAGUACACAGCCCCCCACUCUUCUGCCCCAGCUGGCCAGCACACUUGCUCUUAUUUUCCUGCUGUGACCAAAUGGCUUGUGUGUUUAUAUUGUGGAAUGACCACCCCAGAGACCAUCCUUAGGAACCACAAGAAUGAGGAUUUUCUAAGAAGGUCUCUGGUUUGGACAGAGAGGGAAAGAAAAUCGUCCAUUGCCCGCUCAAUGCCUCAGGGCUUUUCCCCUUCCCCCCCCACAUGCAUGCAAGGUCAGUAAUCCUUCCCCGGCUUUAAGAAUGUUUGGGAGGGGGUGGGGGGUGAAAGCAGACCCUGGGCUGGAGCAC